CAUGUCCUAUUUGUAAAAGCCGAAAAUGGUUCAAAGACAAACGAAUACUAUGCAUAUCAAAAUCGUACUGAGUAUGCCCAAGUACUUUUGACCGUAGCUCAAUGGGUACUGAGGAGACAAUUAUAUGUUUUAAUACACGAGAUGGGAUUUGAACCACAAAUAGAGGUUCGUUUUCUUCAUUCUUCAAGUAUCAUGGUACAUGUGCCACCGCUUAAAGAUCUUGAUGCGAUGGAUAUUAAUCCUGACGUUUCUGAGGCUUCCUCAUCAGUACCACAAGAAUAUGAUGAUAAUUUGGAAUUCUUGAUCAAUAUUCCACAAGAUUCCGAUUCCGGUGGUAAGAGUGAUGGUCAUCAAAAGAGUAGUGGUAACGAAUUUUCUGACUUAAACAGUUCAGCAAAAAAAAUGACAUAUAAUGCUUUACCAUGUCGAUUAUCAAAUAUGAGUUUAAAAUUCGAUUUUAUCGCAUUCUAUAAAAAGUUUUACGGAAUAACUUUUCCUGAGAUUAAUGCUCCACCUAUACUUUAUCGAUUCAUCAGAGAUUUUAUGCUACCAGAUGAGUUUUUCUUGUACUUUCCUAAUUUUGAAGAUUGGAUAAAAAAAUUGAGCGAAAGACAAGAAAAACUUUUUUCAAAAGAAAUUCCUUUAGAUUUGAGUGAUUUGAAAGAAUGGAUUGAUAGCAAUCCGGAUAAAUAUAUAAAGCAUUGUUCUGAUACAUUGGUUGGAAGAAAACGAUGGCCACAAAAACCUAAAGAUACACAGAACUCUGCACACAUCAAUCGAGAGAAACGAAUUGAAGAAAUGGAGCAAGUAUCUAAGCCAUUUCGCGAGCUUUCGGAAACAGUCGUACCAGUAAUUGAAGAACAAGUGCGCAAAGAAAAAUUAAAAAAUUUUCUAGAUACGACUGAAAAUCAGUUAGGAUCUACUUCACGGGCCCUUACAGUACAGGAGUUUUAUAAGAUGCAAAGGAAGAAAGAACUUGACAAAAAUAUUAUUAAAAAUUUCGAAAAUAGUGUCAAUGAUUUUAUUGAACCGAUUGAAAAGGAAAUUCAAGAUUUGAAUUUUUGUGUUGAAGUUCCGGACAAACAAACAGCUUCAGAAUCUUGUUUAUUUUCUGAAGACCCUUUGAGCAAUUUACGCAACAGAUAUUCGACAUUUCUGUAUAAGAAUAUUGAGAAUAAUAAUAGUGAUCAACCGAAUCUUACAUUUGGAGAAAAAUAUACCGCAUAUCAAAUUUUUCAAAAUCGCUCAGAUUUUCACGAAGAUUAUGAAAGAAUAUUAGUUUUUGCAUCAAAGAUGGUUAAUGCCACAAUGCAUGAUGUGCAACAAGCAGUGAUGAAAGUUGAG